AUGUUGAACUUCAAGACUCCGGAGUGCGAAAAUUUGGGCACUUGGCUCAACAACUUCUCGGAGCACAAGCGUUCCAUCAGUCACCGCAUCGGCAACGACACCCGAUGGAAGCGGCCGCAGAAUGCCUACAUUCCAGGUCCGGGUGCGUACAAAGUAGACCGAGACCAUCCAGAGCAUCCUGAUCAUGAUAUGGGCACCGAAGCCUUCUCCAUUGUGAAUCCCAGUUUUUCGAUUCCACGGGAGAGUCGCGUGGCGCCCGACGGAGCCAUGAAGGGCAUCUCUUUGGGAAGACCCCAGGAAGAUGCAGUGGUGGGUCAGUAUUCCGUGCCAAGGUUAGGGCUUAUCUCGCAACAGAAAGAGUUUGCUGCGUAUUUCUUCACCAGUGCCAAGGAAAGCCAAGAGGCGUUGAGAGAAAGGAAGAAAACCAGCGAUGUUCCAGGCCCAGGGAUGUACCCGGUGAAGCGAUACGGCGAUGAUUUGGGGAGAGAAAAGACCAAGAUCAUCGAAAAAGCCGUGAAAAAGGGCACCCGAUGUUGGGCGGCAGGACAAUAUAGUCACAUCUACCAGUGCAUGAAGCCACGAAGUACAAGUUUGCCGGCGCUUCGUCAGAACCCAUCGAAGAUGGCGGAUGGCGCAGCGAAUCGCUGA